AUGGAAUCGAAUAAUCAAGAAGGUCGAAUACUUUUAGCUAUCGAAGCUAUCAAUAAAGACCAAAAAUUAAGCAUUCGGAAGGCUGCUAAGCUAUAUAAUAUCCCGCGUACAAAGAUUCAGCGCAGAAUGGACGGUACUACCUGUUACGCCGGGUAA